GCACCAGCAAAAAAAAAAAAAAACCAGUCGGUCGGCUGCAGCUCCGGCCUCACUUUCCCCUCCGCGCUCUGCUCGUUUGUGCGCCCGUGUGCCUGCCUGCGUGCGUGUGUGUGUGUGGCGAGCAUGGAGAGCAACGAGCGACGCCGAAACAAAGAAUCGGGAGCAACGUGGACGAGUCGUCAACUUUUACUUUACAGAUGCACUUUAUAUUUAUUCAUCUUUAGUCUGGAACUGAAGAGGAGCGUUGCGGAGCCACUGGAGUCGGACGAUUUCGCUUUCUUCCUGGAGGGCGGCGGCCAGUGCCUGGGGGUGAGGGAUGGCUCGGUGGUGCUGGGGGCAGCGUGUGGGGAGCCCCAGCAGCGCUGGAAGUGGGUGACCAGGGGGCGCCUCUUCAAUCUGGGCUCCUCGCUGUGCCUGGGCGUGACCACCGGCAACAUCACCGAAAAGACGUCCUCCCUGGGGGCGUACACGUGCGACCGAGAGCCCCCCAGGGUGCGCUGGACCUGGAACUGUGGUCAGGUGCUGGAUAUCCUCAACGGUGACCUCAAGUCCAACUUACCCUGGAACUUGCCCAUCAACUCAUCCGUCACACUCAAAUGGAGACUUCACGGGGACGUCCAAGACCUGUGUUCCAGAACCUACCGAGAGAUCUACACCAUCCAGGGGAACUCGCACGGCCGGCCCUGUUACCUGCCCUUCCUGUACGACGGCCAGUGGUUUCACGACUGCACCAGCAUCGGGCGUGAAGACGGCCACCUCUGGUGCGCCACCACGCACGACUACGGCAAAGACGAGCGUUGGGGAUUCUGUCCCGUCAAGAGCAAAGGCUGCGAGACGUUCUGGGAUACUGACCCGGUGACAGACAGCUGUUACCAGUUUAAUUACCAGUCCACGCUGUCCUGGAGCGAAGCCCGGAUCAGCUGCCAGCAGCAGGGAGCCGACCUGCUGAGCAUCACCAAGCUGCACGAGCAGACCUACAUAAACGGCUUGCUUAGUGGCUACAGUGCUGCUCUGUGGAUUGGCCUCAAUGACCUCGACAUCAGCGGGGGCUGGCAGUGGUCCGACUCCUCGCCACUCAAAUAUCUAAACUGGGAGCCAGACCACCCGAAUCACGCCGAGGAGGAGAACUGUGUCGUGAUCCGAACCGAGUCAUCGGGACGUUGGCAGAACCGUGACUGCUCUAUCGCUCUGCCAUAUGUGUGUAAGAAGAGGCCCAAUGCCACUCUGGAUCCCUUCACCACAGAUUCGUGGGCCGACGACCAAAAAUACGAGUGUGACGUAGGCUGGCAGGCUUUCCAGGCCGGAUGCUACAAGCUCACUUCAGAGAAGACCGAGUGGAAUUCAGCUCAGAGAAUAUGCCAGAGGAUUGACGCCAACCUGGUCAGCAUCCAUACUCUACCUGAGCUGGAGUUCAUCUUGCACAACCUGAAGAAAGACAUUGACCAGUUAUGGAUAGGGCUCCACGAUACUGAUAUGCAAAUGGACUUCCAGUGGACUGACCACACACCCGUCAUCUUCACGUACUGGCAUCCGUUUGAACCCAAUAACUUCCGCAAUACCCAGGAGGAUUGUGUCUCCAUGUGGGGCGCUGACGGCCGCUGGGAUGACAGCCCCUGUAAUCUGACUCUGCCCUCCAUCUGUAAGAAACCAGGAACAAAGAGGGAUGGAAAGCCAGAACACCAAGAAUGCAAACAAGGCUGGAAGUGGCACAGUCCAGCUUGUUACUGGGUUGGUGAGGAUCUGCUCACAUUUGAAGAGGCCAAAAAAUCCUGUGAGGAGCAUGGAGCUGCCCUUGUUACUAUUACGAAUAGGUUCGAGCAGGCAUUCGCCAACAGCCUUGUGUUUGGCCGCUCUGGAGAUUCUUUUUGGAUCGGGCUCCAUGACCAGGGCAGUCAUGGGUCUUUCCACUGGCUCAGUGGGGACGAAGUGUCCUACACCAACUGGAAUCGAGACCAACCGGCCAACGUCCGUGGCGGCUGCGUUGCCAUGGCAACCGGCUUUGCAACAGGUCUGUGGGAGGUGAGGGAGUGUGCCUCCGUGAAGGCGAAAUUCAUCUGCCGCCAGAACCAGGACACCUCCCUGAGCCCCGAGCUGCCCCUCCCUCUGCCCACCCCGAGCCUCAGCGGCUCCUGCCCCAGCGGCUGGAAGAGCAACAGCAACCUGCGCUACUGCUACAAGGUGUUCCACUCCUCCCAGCUGGAGCAGAAGCAGAGCUGGGUGCUGGCUCACCUGUUCUGUCGGAAACACGGCGCCAACCUGUUGAGCAUCAGCAGCGCCGAGGAGGAGCAGUUCGUUCUGCAGGUCCUCCAUGAGAAAUUUGGGGAGUCGGAGGAACAUGAACAGCACUGGUUCUGGAUCGGACUGAACAGAAGGAACCCCAUGGACAACGGCAGCUGGAAGUGGAGCGAUGGACUGGCAGUAACGUACCAGAACUUUGGGCGCUACUACUACAACAUUCGGCAGUGUGCUGCAGCAGAUUUGGGAACCAUGACAUGGCUGGCCAUGCACUGUGAGGCAGAGUUAGACUGGAUCUGCAAGAUUCCCAGAGGAAGUGUCGAGAGUGUGCCAGAAGUCACUGAGGGUUCUAGUUCACCAGAAUGGAUCAUCUUCCAGGAGGCUGAGUACAGAUUUUUUGACCACCGCACCACCUGGGACCAGGCCCAGAGAAUCUGCUCCUGGUUUGAUUCCUCGCUGGCCUCUGUACACUCAGCUGAGGAACAAGCUUUUCUGGCCAACACUUUGCGCAAGAUGGUAAAGGUGGAGGGCGACAGCUGGUGGCUCGGGCUUCACUCCUAUGAAAACGAUGGGCGUCUCCGCUGGUCCGACCACUCCGUGCUCAAUUAUGUUUCGUGGGCCCUGGGCAGGCCGCACCCGGUCAGCCGCGACCGCAAAUGUGUCCACAUGUCUGCCAGCAAAGGUGAGCGGAGCCGGAAACGGUUCUCCCCCGAAACCAAAACCAAGUCCAAAUACGCUUCCUGCUCAUACCAUCGGGUGCUUCUCAUUGGCACAGCGGACUGGGCCGACCAGAAGUGUCACUCGGACCUGCCCUACAUUUGUAAGAGGGUGAACGUCACGGGGACCAUUCCUCCAACGCCACCAUCUCCCCACCCGCCAUCCGGCUGUCCUGAUGGCUGGUCUGCUUAUCAGCACAAGUGCCUCAGAGUAUUUGAUCAGUCUCCGCGUGUCACGUGGUCUGCGGCCAAGUUGAAAUGUGAGACGCAGGGAGGCUCGCUGGCAGUGGUGUCCAACCAUUUGGAGCAAGCCUUUGUCACCACCUUACUAAGGAACGCCAGCGCUGACCUCUGGGUGGGCCUGACAUCAGACUCUAAGGGUCACUUCCAGUGGGCCAAAGCUGGUUUGCUCAGUUACACCAACUGGGCACCCGGUGAGCCCAUCGACAACAGCGGACCCCACCACAACAAGACACCGGGAAACUGUGUGGUGAUGAUUCACGGCAACCCGGAGAAAAAGACCGGCAUGUGGGCCUCCAGAGCCUGUGAGAUGGAAAGUAACGGAUUCAUCUGUCAGAAGCAACAAGAUAAAGGCCUGCCUCCGGCUGCGGCCCUCAUUCCUGCCUCCCUGUCAAAGCCUGUGGAGCUGGGCGGAGUGACCUACCGGGUGGUCAAGAAGCGCCUUGACUGGACGGGCGCCCUGCACCUCUGUGAGUCUUUGAAUGGAACCCUAGCCACAGUGAGGAGUCCCUACGAGCAGGCCUACCUCACGCUGCUUAUCAACAGCCUGCACCAGCCAGCCUGGAUUGCUCUCUACAACUAUGGAGGACGAAGCUUCACCUGGCUGGGUGAUGAGGAAGUGACAUACUCAAACUGGAAGGAUGGGGAACCCAAUCAGAUGGCUGGCUGUGGCCACAUGACCACCACAGGGCAGUGGACCAUGACUCCCUGUGAUGUGAAAUUGGACGCUGCCAUCUGCCAGAUCAGUGAUGAGCCUGUGAGUCACCAGUGGAUCUACCCCGGACAAUGCCCCCACUCUCUGGGAGAGUGGGCAUGGGUGCCCUUCCGAAACCACUGUUACGCCUUCAACCUACAGACUCUCAGGCUUCAGCAGGAUGCGCACACAUCGUGCAAAAAAAUGGGAGCAGAGCUUCUGUCCAUCCUGGAUGAGACGGAAAACGGCUUUAUAUGGGAGCACAUCCAGGGCUAUGCGGAGCAGGCACAUGGAGCUUGGCUGGGCAUCAGUGUGAAAGGGAGAGGCCUUGUUUGGAGCGAGGACUCCGAGAUGUCGUUCACCAACUGGGAGAGGCACGACGUUGCUUUCUCGGUGCUGUCGAUCAACUCCUGCUUCUGGAUCCAGAGCAACAGCGGCCUGUGGAAGCCGGGCUCCUGCAGAAACCGCACCCACGGAGUCAUCUGCAAGCAGCCUCGCAGUGAGAAACGCACAGGAGCACUGGCACGCCGUCGCUUUGAACCAAAGAGUGCUGAAACAUCACCUGUGACAAUGGAUGCCGACAGCCUGCCCAAUCUGAUCGUCAUCAUGGUGACGGGCCUGGUUCUGGUGGCUCUGAUCGUCACGGUGAUCUUCCUGUACCGCCGGCGGGCUGUGGGCUCGCGGGGCUCCUACGAGGGAGCCCGCUACAGCCGCACCAACUCCAGCCUCGCCGAGCAGGCGGAGAAGAACAUCUUGGUCUCUGACAUGGAGCUGAACGAGCAGUCGGAGUAGCUCCCACCCCACUGGACCGACCAACUGACCGACCGACCCGGGACCGGACUCCACCUCGGACAGGAGAGGCUGACACACUUUGUGGCGUAGUGCUUUUUUUUUUUCUGCGGCCGUUGAAACCAAAUUUUUGUAUUUUUUUUAUUUCUCAAAAGCUGUGUAGAGCACAGCAGAUGAUUUUAAAUUUAGUCUCAACUUCAAAAUCCAAUUCCCAACACUGGGUAAUCAGAUACUUCCAUCAGCUGUCCCUAAAAGAAUCAAUGGAAGCCGCAAUAGAUCUGUGGAAACAUUUUUAUCAGAGCAGAAAUGUUCAGGAUCAAACCAGCUUUGUUAGGUAAUUCAUUGCGGCCGUACCUGGUGCCAAAGUCUAUUUUUUGCACACUGUAUAUUUUCAGUUCUGUUUCGAUUGAAAGAUCGACAUCCCUUCUUUUCAUCCUCUAACAUUCCUCUCCGGGACCAAAUACCAUCUUCCUAUCUUUCCGUCUUUUUUUUUGUUGCCACAUCAGUAUUAACCUUAACUUGAACUUGUGUUGUUUUUUUUUGUUUCGUUGAUUUGUGGUUUUCUGCGCAGCUGUAGAGAAGUGUUUCUCGUGAUGCAUGUGUGGUUUUUGUGAGCCUGCCUCUCUCCUCUGUUCUGCUCUGACACGUCAGCACCAGCUGUCAGGCCAGCAAAAAGAGGAAGAAGUCCAAAUGUGAACGUGUGGAAGGUGACAGGGACUGCUGACCUCAAAGCGUCUGAGGGCCAUACACUAUAAUUGUGCACAUAAGUAGAACUUUGUAUUCGAAGCUGGUCUUUAAAUAGACAAAAAACUGUCUUUUUUUAGUACAGUAGGACUUUGAGCCUCCAUGGCCCACGCAGACAUUCUGGCACUUUUUAUCUCUCAUUUUGAUCUAAAUCUGUCUUACUCAUCCGUUUCUACUCAGUCGUUCUCCCAGUGAUGCAGUUCCCGCUUUGUGAUUCUUAACUUUUGUUUGUCUUGGCUCUCUAUGCCACCAUCUGGAGCUGAUUCAGCAAUUUUUUAGGGUAGUAAUUUGCCUUGCAGGCACCAUAAAAAGGGGUUUUGUAAUUUGAUAUCUAUCUGGAUCCAUCAUUUUUAAGACCUGUGGUUCGUUUCUCCGGAUGUUACAUCAUCAGUGUCUCGUUAUGUCUUUUUAAAAUGCCCGUUUUGUUUGGUUAUGUGACUUUUAAAGACACGUAGAAGCAUUCAUACUUGGCCAGCAAAGAAUGAAAAACAUCCCUUGAUGCAUGCAAAACCCCAAUGCAUAUACACGUAGAGGCAGAGAAUGUGCCAAAGUCAGUCUUUCGUAAGAGAAGCCCCCGAUUUAAUUUCUCCCUUUAGGUCAUGUUAAGAUUUCAUAUGUGCACACGGUGUAAUGACCAGAACUAAUUUGCCUCCCUCAAACGUUUAACUUCGCCCUUUAGCUAAUGCCCUGUGAGCACAUUUUUCUCCCCCUGGUUGGAGGAAUGCUUCGGAGCCGUUUAAGUGUGAGGCUUUUGGUGUUUCACUGAGCUGCUGUGAAAAAAAAAAAAAGAGAAGUUCUUUUUGCUCCCCGAGUUGGACGAAGAUUGAGGGAGAAGGGAGGAGGAGAGGUAUAUUUGUGUGCGUGUUACUGUGUGUGUGUGCAGUCUCCAGCUGUGGAAUGUUGAGUCGGCAAGAAGAGCUCAGUGGCAUGUCUGGAACCAAUCAGAGAAGGGGAGCUUAUGGACACAAAGGGUCAGAAGGGGGGUCGGGAGGGGUGUAGGAGGUACGGAAAGCUGGAUGAGGAAGAAGAGGGGAAAAAGGAGGAGAGUCAGGAGGAGUCAGGGGAUGUAGGAAGAGGUGGGCUGUUAAACUGGAGCAGUGCUUUGGGUCGGGCUUACCCUGUCCUCUGCUGGUGGGUUUCUGUACAGGUCGCAAUCGAUUGAAACUGAUUAUGGAGGGGAUUUAAAGGUGCAACAGUGUGUGUGAUGCGUUCUUGUCCCUGUGAAGGUACCCGAAGCACCUGUUCAAAUCUUUUUUGUGUUUUUUUUGUGUUGUUUUUAUAUAAAAAAAUAAACAAAGUCUAUGCUCUCAGAGCUUUUUUGGCUUAUUAUUUAAUGUCUCCUUGAGUCUUGU